UCUCCAGUGUACCGCAGGAAGCAUCAAGAGCUCCAAGCGAUGCAAAUGGAACUGCAGAGCCCCGAGUACAAACUCAGCAAGCUAAGAACUUCCACAAUCAUGACAGACUACAACCCCAACUACUGUUUUGCUGGCAAAACUACAUCUAUCAGUGACCUGAAGGAGGUACCUCGGAAAAACAUCUCCCUCAUUCGGGGUCUGGGCCAUGGUGCCUUUGGGGAAGUGUAUGAAGGACAAGUGUCUGGAAUCCCCAGUGACCCUAGUCCCCUACAGGUGGCUGUUAAGACACUUCCAGAGGUGUGUUCAGAACAGGACGAGUUGGAUUUCCUCAUGGAAGCAUUGAUCAUCAGCAAAUUCAAUCAUCAGAACAUUGUUCGCUGUAUUGGGGUGAGCCUGCAGGCCUUGCCCCGAUUUAUCCUCCUAGAGCUGAUGGCUGGAGGAGAUCUCAAAUCCUUUCUUCGGGAGACUCGCCCUCGCCCGAACCAGCCGUCCUCCCUGGCUAUGUUGGACCUGCUGCACGUGGCCCGUGACAUUGCCUGUGGCUGUCAGUAUCUGGAAGAAAACCACUUCAUCCACCGGGAUAUUGCUGCUAGGAACUGUCUCUUGACCUGCUCUGGACCAGGCAGGGUGGCCAAGAUUGGAGACUUUGGAAUGGCUCGGGACAUCUAUAGAGCGAGCUACUACAGGAAGGGAGGAUGUGCCAUGCUUCCAGUUAAGUGGAUGCCCCCAGAGGCCUUCAUGGAGGGAAUAUUUACAUCCAAAACCGACACGUGGUCCUUUGGCGUGCUUUUGUGGGAGAUAUUCUCCCUUGGAUACAUGCCGUACCCAAGCAAGAGCAAUCAGGAGGUUCUGGAGUUUGUCACCAAUGGAGGACGGAUGGAUCCACCCAAAAAUUGUCCUGGGCCUGUGUACCGGAUAAUGACGCAGUGCUGGCAGCAUCUGCCCGAGGACAGGCCCAACUUUGCCACCGUCUUAGAGAGGAUCGAAUAUUGCACCCAGGAUCCAGAUGUGAUUAAUACAGCUUUGCCCAUUGAAUACGGUCCGGUGACGGAGGAGGAAGAGAAGGUGCCCAUGAGGCCAGAAGACCCCGACAGGAUACCUCCUCUCUUAGUCUCUCCCCAGCAAGAGAAAAAGGAGGCUGCGUGUGCCCCGUCGGCUCCCCCUCCGCUGGCCACCACCUCCUCCGGGAAGCCCCUGAAGGCUUUGGCUCUGGAGCCCCCCAUCCGCAUCACCAGAGGGGCGCCCGUGGAAGGAGGGCACGUCAACAUGGCAUACUCUCAGUCCAACCCGCCCUCGGAGCUGCACAAAGGGCGCGGAUCUAGGAACAAGCCAACCAGCCUCUGGAACCCCACAUACGGCUCCUGGUUCACGGAGAAAUCUGCCCCCAAGAACAGUCCCCGGGCGGAGCAGGAGCAGGUGGAGCGGGGGAAAGCGGGGCAGGAGGGACACUGUGCCACAGGACCGCCAGGCAGGCUGCCGGGGUCCUCCCUGCUCUUGGAACCAUCUUCCCUGACCGCCAACAUGACGGAAGUGCCUCUGUUUAGGCUCCGCCACUUCCCCUGUGGGAACGUCCACUACGGCUAUCAGCAGCAGGGCCUCCCUUUGGAGGCUGGCGCCGCCCCUGCCGCCUCAGCAGGCUACGGGGACUCUGCUCUUAGAAACCCGAGCGGCGGGAGCCAGGCCGGUCCCUGAGGCUGUCCUGCGCCCG